AUGGAGAAAGCAAAAGCUGAGACCAAAGCUGAGAUAAUCCGGGAAACGGUCUUGCAGCAGCAUGCCGGCAAGGAUGAGGAGACCACGCCACUCUCCAGCAAUCGACCCUUCUUCACCAUCGUCAUGUGCAAGACCCACGUCCAGAAGCCUUAUCUGCUGCUGAAGAAUCUCGACGCGGGCUGGGCGAACUUCGCCGUCGACAAGCGGUUGCAGGUCGGGGAUGCGUGCAAGUUUGAACUGGUGUCCAGGGAUGCCGAUUGCUGA